UUCAUUCAGUAAAACUGUCAAAGCUGCAAGUUGUGGAUGUGUGGCCGUCAGUAACAUAGAAACAUUUCGUAAAAAUAAACUAAAAUGAAACUUCUGAAUCGAGCUGGUUUUAUAACAAAAACAGUGUCUGACUAUUCGUCGCAAACCUAAAACUAGUGCCAUUCUAUCGGUUUCUAUCACUAGAGUGCGUGUCCCACAUUUUAAAACGACGAAAGUUGUAAUUUAGAAAGAAAAGUGUGAUGUUCAUUUUAAUUUGUUGUGAAAAAUGCGUGCCGUGAAUAGUUUGUUGUUGAUAAACUUUUUCUUGUGUGUGUGCGGGGAUGAUAAUGAGAUUUCGAAUGAGAUUGAGACGAAAAAUCAUUCGUUAGAGUUGACCCAAUCCUUGAACUUGGCACGGCAGGAGUUAAUACAAGAUACAUGUUCGCGUUUCCCUCCUCGAUGGAGCUUAGAUGACUUGCCACCGAGCCGUUUGGAACACAUUUUAGUCGACGAACAUCGAAAACUUCUCUAUUGCUACGUCCCAAAGGUGGCCUGUACAAAUUGGAAGAGAGUGCUAAUGAUACUGGCCGGCAAAUGGAACAAUACUAAUGUCCUCUCUAUACCGGGCAGUCUGGCCCACUCUCCGGGCAUGUUCAGAAACCUCAGCUCCGUAUCAAAACGGGACAGAGAUUACAUGCUAGAAAAUUAUCACAAGAUGAUUAUAGUCCGGAACCCCUUUGAGCGGUUGCUGUCAGCUUACAGGAAUAAGUUGGAAGGAGACACGCCUAGUGCUAAAUAUUUUCAGGAUCGCGUUGGCCGUCGCAUCAUCAGGACCUACCGCCAGAAUCCAAGCAACGAGUCCCUAGAGCUUGGGAAUGACGUCACGUUUAAGGAGUUCGCUCUGUUCCUGACCAACCGGUCAGAGGAGCUUGCGGAUGUGGUUAACAAUGAGCACUGGCAACCCAUCACUAGCCUGUGCCAUCCGUGUCUCAUCAAAUAUACUUUAGUUGGUAAAUACGAGACGUUGUUAGACGACUCGCUCCUAGCCCUUCACACUAUCAACGCGGCCGAAGUGGAGUUCCCUCGCCUCGCCCGCACCUCCGGCACGGCCGAUAAACUACGCAAGUACUUCUCACAGCUGGACUUGCCACUCAUUAGGAAGCUGUACAAAUUGUACAAGUACGACUAUAAGAUAUUCGACUACGAUUUGGACAGUAUAGUCGGGUUUGAUUUAGGGUAGAUUGAAUUUACUCUCGGAGUAAUUAACAACGGAGACGCCAUGUCUAAAAUUUUCGGUACAAAAUAGUCUGCCGUUUUUUGCGGGGGAGGGGCACAUCAAAUGU